UUUUUUUUUCUAAGCGCGAACGUAAACCGGAAAAGAAACGUUGAACUCAAGAGUUUGGGCCAAUAGAAGAGAUGCAGGCUACCGGUGGUCAGAGCAGCUGGUUCAGAUUGUUUUCUGCUAUGAUUGGACACUGAUUGAGUAGAAAUGAACGCAAGGAGAAGAGGUGGGAAGCCCAACAGAGGAGGUGGAAGAUUUAAUAAACGAGGAGGAGGAGGAGGAGGAGGAGGAGGAAAUCGGAAAGGAGGAACCAGGCUCUGGGAUGACGGGGAUGAUUUCAACCUUGAUUUUGGACCCUCUUAUUUCAGCAGAUCAAAUAAAGGACGAGGUGGUGGCGCCCAUGCUGGUGGCAGGGAUGGUGGUCGAGGAGGAAAGAAAGCUAGAGAUCGAGACCGAAAUGGGAAAAGUAGUAGCAAGGCUCUGCCAAGGUCCUUGACGAGUACCAGGAUGCACUCAAAGGUCAGUGAAUGCAUCAGACCAGAGGUGAGCAGUAUGCCGUUGCAGAAGAUCUUCAUGACUAAUGCGAACCAGGAACAACUCAAGGAGUUGCUGAGGAUUUUACAGACACAGGACUCUGAUGAACUGUAUGAUGAUUCUGGUUCAGAUUAUUCCGGGCUAGAUGAGGAGGAAGAAGAGGAAUUUGAUGAAUUGGAUUACCGUGAGGAAGGCCAGUUUUGGGCCACAAAUGAUGAGCCUGUGCAGAAAGCAGAGAGCCCAACAUUUGACCUAGAAUAUGAGGAUGAACAGCCCAGCCCUGAACCUGUUAUCUCCUUAUUUGCCAUAGGAAAGCUCUGCAGAUAUGGUUUUGACAGGGAGCGCAGCAAACAGGCGCUGGAAGCUGGUGGAGGAGAGUUUGGGGCAACUUUGGAACAGCUCCUCCAACAGAUUUUCACUGAGCGCUAUGGUCAGAAAGCAGUUUCCCCUGAUGGACUUGAUGAGGUGCCUUUGGAUGAGUGUGUAAACCAAAAGCAGGAGGAGGCCUUGGCUCUAGCUGCUAUUUAUGGCGAUCGCUUCAGUGAGCGCAUUGCCAAUGCUGUAUGGACAGUAACCCUGGACCUGUCGUUCCUCUCACGAUCUCCUGUUAAGAAAGGAGGAGUGGUAGGUGGAGGAGCUCCAAACAUCGGUGACAUCUGCAAAUUCUACAUGAAAGGUCAAGGCUGCCGCUAUGGAAACAAAUGUUGGUUCAAACAUGAAUUUCCCAAAAAAGACAUGUCUGAGGCUGGUUCCUCGGACCUGAAAGGCCCAGGCCAGCCUGGUGUCAGCAGCUAUUCUCCUCCUGAGUAUGAGCUGGAAGUUCGUUUCCCCAAAGGGAACCGUUACCCUUUUCAAGCACCAAUAGUUGCCUUCAGUACCAAUGAUGAGUCUCUCUGCGCUGCGGGGAGGCUCCAUGUGACUGAGAGAUUAUUUGGAGAGGCAUUGUCUGCAGCAGAAAGCAACCAGCCUGUUGUUUACACCCUGAUAACCUUGUGUGAGGAUGAAAAUACCAUGAAAGAACUAUUGUCCAUACGGCAUCACAAAUACAGCACCCCACCUCCUGUGAUUGCUGUUCCUCCACCCUUUCUUGCCAUAGCAAAGAGUAAAACUGUAAGGAGCAAAGCUUCUGAGGAGAGCAUGAAUGCCAUCACCAGCAGUAGUAACCAUGCAAACAGCGGGAGUGCUGCUGCAUCUAGCAACCCAAGGACCACAGAUAUAAAACGGACAGUGGAUGCAGAAGAGCUGGAUGAGAAAGACGAGGAUGAGAGGGACCACGCAGUUCCAGUUAAGAACGACAGUUACGUCAAGCUAAAGAGGAACAUGGUGAAAAAGCACAAUACGAUGGGCAAUCUGCUGCUAGAAAACAGCAAGCUGUGCAAAGAGUUCAGUAGGAAACAGUCCUCCAGACGCUACAGUUCUAUGCUUGAACAGAGGAAGAAUCUUCCAGCUUGGCAAGAGAAAGAGCACAUCCUAGAUGCACUGGACCAGUGUCAGGUGCUGGUGAUCAGUGGCAUGACUGGGUGUGGUAAGACCACUCAGGUUCCUCAGUUCAUUCUAGAUGCCUCUUUGAGUGGCCCCGCGGAGCAAGUGGCCAACAUCAUCUGCACGCAGCCUCGCCGCAUUUCUGCCAUGUCAGUGGCUCAGAGAGUGGCACAGGAGCGCGCAGAGUGUCUGGGGAACUCUGUGGGCUACCAGAUCCGCCUGGAGAGUGUCAGGACUUCAGUCACCAGGCUGCUAUACUGCACCACAGGGGUGUUGCUGAGGAGACUGGAGGGUGAGGCAGACCUCAGAGGAGUCACGCAUGUCAUCGUGGAUGAGGUGCACGAGCGAACAGAGGAGAGUGACUUUCUGCUUCUGGUGCUCAAAGACUUGAUGGUGCAAAGGCCUGACUUGAAGAUUAUCCUCAUGAGUGCCACUCUUAAUGCAAACCUCUUUUCUGACUAUUUCUAUAACUGUCCUACUAUCCACAUACCAGGGCGCACCUUUCCUGUUGACCAGUUUUUUCUUGAAGAUGCCAUUGCUAAUACUCGCUAUGUCAUUGAGGAUGGUAGCCCUUACAUGCGCUCAGGAAAACAGAAUCAGUCAACCACGGGUGCCCGAAGCAGAGGGGACCUGAGUUGCGUGGUAGAUGAUUUGAGUGAAGAUGUCUGGAACUUCAUGUCUUUCUGUAAUAAAGACUUUGUCAAAGACUCGGUCCCAGACCAACAGCUCAGCCUGCAGGAUCUCACCAUCAGAUACAAAGAUACUAAGAAGUCUGUGCUCAAAACCAUCGCCACAAUGGACCUGGACAAGAUCAAUAUGGACCUGGUGGAAAGCCUGCUGGAGUGGAUAGUAGAAGGAAAGCACAACUACCCACCUGGUGCAGUGCUGGUGUUUUUGCCAGGCCUCGCUGAGAUCAAGAUGCUCUAUGAGCAGCUUCAGUCCAAUAGAAUGUUCAACAACAGGGGCGCGUCCAGGUGCGUGGUGUACCCCCUUCACUCAACAUUGUCCAAUGAGGAGCAGCAAGCAGUUUUUAGCCGGCCUCCAGAUGGUGUCACAAAGAUCAUCAUCUCCACUAACAUUGCUGAGACCUCAGUAACCAUCGACGACGUGGUUUAUGUCAUCGACUCUGGAAAAAUGAAGGAGAAAAGGUACGAUUCAUCUAAAAGCAUGGAGAGCCUGGAGGACACGUGGAUUUCUCAAGCUAACGCGCUGCAGAGAAGGGGUCGAGCAGGUCGUGUGGCCUCGGGGGUCUGCUUCCACCUCUUCACCAGCCACUGCUUUAAACACCAGCUGGCUGAGCAGCAGCUGCCUGAGAUCCAGAGAGUGCCACUAGAGCAGCUCUGUCUCCGAAUCAAGAUCCUGGAUGUGUUCGCGGAGCAGCCGCUGGAGUCAGUCUUCUCUCGGCUCAUCGAGCCCCCGUCAGUGGGAAGCUUGGACGCUGCCAAGCAGCGCCUUCAGGACCUGGGAGCUCUGACCACAGAUGAGAAGCUGACCCCGCUGGGCUACCACCUGGCCUGCCUGCCUGUCGACGUGCGCAUCGGAAAGCUCAUGCUGUUCGGCGCCAUCUUCCGCUGCCUUGACCCAGCACUCACCAUUGCUGCAAGUCUGGCCUUCAAAUCCCCAUUUGUGUCUCCAUGGGAUAAGCGAGAGGAAGCAAAUAAAAAGAAAGUGGAGUUUGCAGUGGCUAAAAGUGACCAUCUAGCUUUGUUGCAGGCAUACAAGGGAUGGUGCUCCGCAGCAAGGAAUGGCCACCGUGCCAGCUUCCUCUACUGCAGGGAGAACUUCCUGUCAUGGCGGGGUUUACAGGAGAUCGCCAGUCUGAAGAGGCAGUUUGCUGAGCUGUUGUCUGACAUUGGCUUCAUCAAGGAGGGACUGAAGGCCAGGAUUAUUGAGCAAAUGUCUUACAAGGGUACAGACGGGGUCAUGGAAGCUACUGGCCCUGAGGCAAACCUAAAUUCCAGUAACAUCCGGCUGAUGUCCGCCAUGCUGUGUGCUGCCCUCUAUCCUAACGUGGUCCAGGUACGAGCUCCUCAAGGGACUUAUAAGAAGACGGGCACGGGAGUGAUGAAGAUGCAACCCAAAGCCAACGAGCUCCGCUUUGUGACCAAGAACGACGGUUACGUCCACGUGCAUCCAUCAUCCGUCAACUACACGGUUCGCCACUACAACAGCCCGUACCUGGUUUACCAUGAGAAGGUGAAAACGAGUCGCGUUUUCAUCAGGGACUGCAGCAUGGUGUCUGUUUACCCGCUGGUGCUAUUUGGAUGCGGACAGGUCAACGUGGAGCUGCACAGAAGGGAGUUUGUCAUCUCCCUGGAUGAUGGGUGGAUCCGAUUUGCUGCUGCUUCACACGAGGUGGCUGAGCUUUUGAAGGAGCUGCGCUGGGAGCUGGACCUGCUUCUGGAGGAUAAAAUCAAAAACCCGAGCAUGGACCUGUGCAGCUGCCCCCGUGGCUCCAGCAUCAUACAAAUGAUCGUCCACCUCAUCUCUACAGAGUAGCUCUGCUACUCAAAGCUUCCUUUAUUAUUAUUUCUUUAUUUAAAGGGCUCAGAUGCAUGGAGCCCCAGUGAUAAUGUUUUUGUGCUCCUGCAUCACUCCCACAAAGUCUUUAUUAAAAAUUCUUUAAAAAGUCAAUAUUACUGCAUUGAUGGUGGAUAGUCAGAGGAAGAUUAGCUGGGCAAAUAUUUGACAUGAGCUCAGUUUCAGUACACCACAGUGUUGCCACCUUACACUUAAAAGUGUUGUUUUCCACUGAGUUGCUGUUGCACUCAAGGUUUUUAAAGCAAAUUCUGCCUUUAAAGAAAAAAAUGUCUCUAUGCAGGUGAUUAUUAAGAUUCCACUCUUAUUCCUGCUGGACUAAAGCAGCUAAUGCUUCGUUCAGUUUUUGAUGUCAUACUACCGCUGCAUGGUAUGUGCACAUAAAUUGGCACAUGAUUGGUUGUUAAGUGAUGUCACAGAGUUUGUAUACAGUGGUUUUUUUAUUUUGGGUUGUGUCUUGCUCACAACUGAGAAGUUUCUUGGGUCCAUAUUGGAUUUUGUACUAUGAGUUUAUUUGUAAUGCAUGACUAAAAGAUCCAAGAGCUUCUGCAUGGUAUACAGUUGGUGUACAUUUACUGAAUGUAUUUAAAUGUUAAAGUACAAUUUCACAAUGUGAAUGCAAGGGCUUUUUACACCAGGAUGAUUUGGUGAGAGCUGCCAAAGAAACUGGAAAGCUACUGUCUUAACAUGAAUUCCACUGAACGCUGCACUACCAUUAAAUUAUUGUGAUGAUAACCUGUUGUUCGCUGUUUUUCUUCCUUACUUAAUGUAAGCGGUGUGUGCUGUUUGAUGCCCAGCUGUGUCUCAGAUACAGCAAAAGAAUUUAAGCUCCGGUGGAAGGCCAACCCCCUUCAUACAUGAGCAAGUCCGGUCUGUUUCUACGACAACAGGAUGUAAACAGAUGGGGUAUCACUGUCACCGCUGAAGCCAUUCGAGUGCCACUUAAAGUGCCAAGGCGAGAGCUGGUAUGAAAUGAUUGCAUUUUAUUAUCAUUUUAGGCACUUUGUCCUAAAAACUUUAAAUCUUUCUUGGCAGAGAAAAACCUGAUUUCUUGUUUUACAGAUGAAAAUCUGAUCACUUACUGAAGCAAGAUUGACAUUCGCUAUGGUAAAGUAAAAAAAAAAAGACAUUUAUAUAUUUAUAGAUGAGUGAUUAAAC